GCUGGCUAGCUGCUGGGCUGGGUUAAAAUGGAAUCGUCGUUAGCAUAUGUCGCUUCCAUUUUAGGUAGCUAACUAGCUGCCUAUCGAGUUCGUGCUAGCGGUAUCACAAAUGCAUGCAUGGGUGGUGGACUAUGUUUAGAAAUCCCUCUAGCAACGUUUUAUGGGAAACUUGCUUAGGAAACUAGCUAACGUCGUUAGUCAGCUCGAUAGCCAACGAAGCCCUCACCAUAGAUUGCCUAAAUAAUUUCCCUGUUAGCUAGCUACCUAGCCAGACGGGUAAGCUACCAUCAAGCUAGAUAGCUAACACUAGUAAAGGAUGAAGGAAGCCAGCUUCCGCGAUACUGGUUUAUGUUUAGCGUAGUUGACGUUAGCUUCAUAUGUUUUGCUUGCUAGCCAGCCAGUUGAUAGUGGCGUUUAAUUGUUUGUUAGUUAUGUUGUCGAGCUAGCAAUCCAGGUAGCUACGUAGGUCAACGUUUCGUUUUUUUGUAUUAAAUCGGUCAGUGAUGUUAUUCAUACUUGAUAGAUGAGGCUCUGUCUGAGCUUGCUCUUUUCCUGGGCUACUGGAAGGUGUGGCGCAAAGAACCCCGGACUUGAGUUUCGUUGUUGCCCACACAGUGGUGUUAUGACACCAUUAUAUAUAGCCACAUAACUACUGUUAUAAUGCUGCGUUCAUAACAACUUGGGUACUCUGAAAUAUCCUACGUCAGUGCAUUGAAAUGAACUGGGAAUUUUUUGAACGGUCAUCCAACUCGGAAUUCCAAGUCGUAAACUCUGGCAUCUUUCUAGAGCUCCGACCUGAAUAUCUCUGACGUCAUGAUAAGACUGUUUCCCCCCAAGUUCCCAGUUUUCUUGAAAGCACCAUAGCACAACUUUGGGUAAUAUAUUAAACGACAGUCUACCAGCUGGGCCACUUCUAUCUUAAGUUUAGGUGUAUUUUGGUGGAAUGCUGUGAAUAUGAGCAAUGAAGAGUUCAUUAUACAGUUUGAAAGAAGAGGCUCACUAUUUGUAGGUGUCUUCUCCCUACAGGUGAGUUCCUGUCCUGGCCCACCUGUUUAAAACAGUCAGACCACGGGGCCCUACGCUCAACUAGCAGGAAGAUGGCAGACACUGAGAAGACAGAGGAGUUUGUCAAUGCUGAGAUCUUUCCAGAGCAUCCCGUGCAGGGGGGGUCAGCUGCUGCUGUCAGGGGGGAGCAGGAGGAGCCCCUUAAAACAGAGACCACCAGCUCUCCUCCAGGAGAAAAGGAGGGGGACAGCCCCCUGCAGACUGAGGGUGAGCCUAGCCUUCUCUCCAUGCCCUGCCUCAUGAUGGAGCUGAGAAGGAACUCCCCUGAGUCUCCGCACGCCUCCACCGGCAGCGACAAGCCCACCUCGGGCCGUGCCUACGAGAGUGACUCCUCCAACCCCUGCAUGCUCUCGCCCUCCUCCAGCGGCCACCUGGCCGACUCGGACACACUCUCCUCUGGUGAGGAGGGAUCCGCCUCACGUGUGACAGUGGAGGGGGGCUCCACAGAGCCCGGGGCCGACACCAGACUUGCAGCAGGGGGUCAAACAUCUGCAUCAAGUGGGCGAAAGUCCCGUCGUUCACGUUCUGAAAGCGAGAUGUCAACCAACACAAUGGCAGCCAAGAAAAACCGCUGCCAGCCCGCUGUGGUGGGAGGAGCAGGCGUCGAGAAGCAGACCAACGGCCGGCUGGCUAAAGUCAAAGGUCACCGGAGCCAAAAGCACAAGGAGCGUAUUCGGCUACUUAGGCAGAAGCGUGAGGCGGCGGCAAGGAAGAAAUACAACCUGCUGCAGGACAGUAGUACGAGCGACAGCGACCUCACCUGUGACUCCAGCACCAGCUCCUCUGAAGAUGACGACGAGACAUCAGGCGGCAAGACAAUCACCACAGACAUCCCAGACGGGACUCCCGUAGUGUGCCACUAUGAUAUUUCAGACACUGAUUCUAACCAGGAGAACUUAAGUGUGACUGCAGAGCGAGUGCGCCGGACCACCGUGAUAACACAUGAAAGGCUAAAAACACACAGGGACCAGGCUAUGGCAGCAAACUCUGGGGCAGUAAGAGUACAGCAUCUGUGCUCUCUCUCAGCAGGUCACAUGGAGGCAGAGCUUGCCCACAGAGAACCCCCCCAGCACAAGGGCCACAUCAACAUCCCCUCCUCAGACAGUGAGGUAGAAAUAGUAGGAGUGCAAGAAAACACAAGAUGUGCCCAUCCUCGGGGCGGGGUAAUUCAGAGCCUGUCCUCUGCCUGGAAGCCCAACUCACUGGAGCAGCUCAACAACAGCACGAGGCAAUCAUCCCAGCUCUGGACUACCGUGUCCCCCCAGCCCAACUGGGUGUCCCCUCCGGAGGUAGUGGACCUCACUUUAGACGAGGACACCAGACACAGAUACCUACUCUGAGCAACUCGUGCACUGAAGACUUCCUUACUCCCCUCUCCUCCCCCUCCAGCCUCUCCCUACCACGGCAUAGGCCCUUCCUGAGUGGUACAGCCACCACCUGUGACUCAUGGGUUGCGUCUCAAAUGACACCCUAUUCCCUAUAAAGCGCACUAUUCUCUAUACCUCAUAGGGCUCUGGUCAAAUGGAGUGAGCUAUAUAGGGAGUAUAGGAGUAUAGUGUAAUUAGAGACGCAGCCUCAUGGACUUCCUCUGAUGUUAUUAACCUACUGUAGAACCUUAUAUCAAAGCCAUUUUAACAAAGAUGAUUCCCUGAUCAUGGAUUUAAAAUACAUAAUCAAGAGGGCAAGACACUAGUGCAGAUUGAACCAUACAGAGGUGUUACAGUAAAACACAUAGCAAUAUUCUCCCUGUCCUGGACCUCAUUGAUCCUGAGGACUGUUGUCCGUACGUAGGUAGGCACUGUGUUCUGUCUGUCCGCUAGCUGUAACAUAAGACUUGAAGCUGCUGCAUGAGGGUAGGGCAGUAUCAGUAGCUCAAAUCUGCUGCACUACAAACUGGUGUCCUAUUCUCCAACUGACUGGAUUGGGCUUACAGUCGAUACUUAACGGCAGCUGGUACACUGUCUGCAGCAUGAUACGCCGGCAUGUGACAGAGCUUUGGUGGCUUGACCUGACCUGCUCCGUACUCCAAUAGAGAUGUCACUUAGGUAUAUGUUAAGAUUUUAACACUGGCUCUACCCUCACUGGUCAAACUACAUUGAUUAUGUUGUUUACCCUAUUGUGCUUAAAGAAGGUGAUUAGUAUAAAAAUAUAUAUAUAAUAUAUAUAAUUUGACUAUUGAUAAUUUUCCUUUCAAUGAUUGGAGCAUAUGUGUUUAAGAUAGUAACUGAAUCAAGUUCUAAGCUAGCUAGAUCAACUAUUUAUUUUUGUCUUAUUCAAGGAAACAAACCACAACACUGGUCUGUUCAGUUCUCUUCUUUCUCCUCUCUGGGUAGCAAGUGGUCAGACACACAGUACUCAGGCAGUUGCUGCAGUCCUCUGGCAGUGCAGGCUAUGUACGGUACUAUUACUGUAAGACAGGUCCACUGUCUGUUGAGCCAAGCUGUUGCUAUAGAGAACAGUCUGAUAGUGUCCCAGUUGUCGUUCUGGUAGUCAGUGAAUGUAUGACCAUGCAGGGCUGACUGGUUGCAUUUAUAUGGAUUGUGUGUAUAUCAGUGUGAAUGAGAUAUCUCUCCUCCUAACCUCUCGGGACCCCCUUUUUACAACUGAGGAAAUGUAUCUUCCAUUGAACAUUGCAAAGCAAAGGUGGCCUGAAUGCCUUGGAAUGUGCACUAUUUUCUUUCAGAUUCAUGUAUAUUCUUUUAUCUUAAAGCAUGGCAGAUUUUUGCUGUCUCUACAAAAAAUGAUAUUUUAAUAAUAGAUGUGAAUUUACUACAUAGAUAUUAAGAAGCAAAGUGCAGGUGACUUUGUGUCCAUUUGGGGGCUUUAUAGAGAGACCUAUUUAAUGUAUGAAUGGUUUUAACCCUGAUUCCUCAGGACUCCCUGUGGUUCUUGUGUUUAUUGUACUCAUGCAGUACUGCAGGCCUGGUUAGUUUUUACCAAUGGUCCAAUAUGACACAUCAGAUCCAUUUGAACUGCAUGAACCUCCCUGGUCUCCCUCAUGAGAGGGUUAUAUUGAAGCAUUUAAUUCACUCCUGCUGGUCACAGAAAGGGGAAAAGUCCUACUCGACACCAGGAACUGAACCAAAGUCUAAUGGAACGUUUGUCAACGAAAUACUUAACCUUAGAGACUUGUGAUAUUUAAGCUUUUGGCAACUUAUUUUCCUUAGCACCUAUAAAAUUAUUUUGAGCUCUGAAUUUAUUCUUGAUGAGUUGAGUUCAACUUGAAUACAUCACUCUCCUCCCAGAGCAAAACGCCGUAGAAAUUAGAUGAAGAUGUCAUAAUUAUAUCAACAUUUCAGUAUCACCUUGAAUCUUAACUGGCCAGUUUUCUCCACUGUAUGCAGAUAGCACUGAAAAAUACGCUUUUAUUCCAAACCUCUUGCAUGCAGCACUUCUAAGCCCAUUCUUGUCGUGUAGCUAGCUCUUCGUUAUGAUUUCUGUUAAAUGUCAGUAAAGUAAGACAUUGCUCAUGCCUUUAGGCUUAGUGGAUUGCUUUCUGUAUGAAACUAGGGCAGCGAUGCUCAAGUAGGGUUGCACAUACCAUUUAUUUUUUUGUCAAGUAAAACAUUGUUUCAACCCGUUCUCAGUAAUUUAACUAUUUUAUUCUGUUUAUUUUUGUUUAUUUUACUGUCAGUAUUUUAAAUUAACAAGAAAUUUGUGUUCAUAUUUUCUUUCGUCUGCAAGUCCCUGACUUCCUUGAAAUGAUAUGUCUGUAGAACUAAAAGGAAACAAUUUUAAAACUAAAUAAAUGGAGUAUUAUUUAAAUA